AUGCCUCUUGAGCCGACAAUGGAGAUAGGUAGUCCCCCAUCCCCGCCGUUCAUUGAGGUUGAUGGACUGCCAAACUUCCGUGACUGUGGCGGCUAUCCUGUCGCUCAAAAAGCAGACACAAUCGUCCGGAGGGGCGUUUUGUACCGGUCAGCAGACCCUUCACGGAUUUCCGAAAGGGGCAUCGCCCAGUUACGAGCCCUCGACAUCACCAAGGUCUUUGACCUCCGCUCGCACGGCGAAAUUUCGGAAAGCACGAAGAACGGAUGGGGCCAAAUCAGAGAAUGGGAUUCCGCCCUGCGAAUUCCAGCAUCCGUCUUCACCGACAGCGACUUGGCAAGUGGUCAAAGGGCCAAGCGAGACGCAUAUCUGAGGGAGGAAGGACACCAGGGGUUCGUGAACUAUUACCGAGAUGUUCUCGCCUCUGCCACCUCCCAUGAGAACGAAUUCGAGCCCCUCCGCCAGAUUCUGCGGUACUUUUCCGAAACUCCGGCAACCCAGCUCAGGCCAAUCCUUAUUCACUGCUCGCUCGGGAAAGACAGGACAGGGGUCAUUUGUGCCCUGAUACUGAGCCUCUGUGGCGUCGAUGACUCCAUCGUUGCUCACGAAUACGCAAUAACCGUCCUGGGUCUUCGGGAGAAGGUGGCGGCCAUAAUAGCAGAAAUCCAUCCUGAUGGGACCGGAAUGACAGAGGUUGAAACCCGGUUUUUCGGUUCCAAAAAAGAGUCUAUGCAAUGUUUUCUAGAGCAGCUCCGCCAGAACGGCGGCGUGGAGCAGUACAUUGAAGACAGUGGAAUAUUGACAGAUUACCAGGUGAAGCAGCUGCAGCAGAAUCUCACUGUUAGGCUACUGGAAGGCGAAGAGCCCCUAGAUUGGAGACGGCACGCUGAGAUGUUAGAGCAGUUCUUAAACACAGCACCUUCAAGUUAA